AUGAAGCACCGAAGUCGCAAACAGCAACCCUUCCGCCUCCUUGAUCUGCCUGCGGAGCUACAGCUGAAGGUGUAUGAGAAAUAUCUCGAGGAUGUAAAAUUCCGUGUUCACGAAACAACAAAAAAUCCCAACGGAUCUAGAGUUGAAAGAGUACCGGGGUUGAAUAUUGAGCUCGCUAGCCGCCAAUUUACCAAGUUCAUGCAUGAAGUCGACGCUCCGCGCUACGAAGACACAGCGGUGAGUCUGCAGAACCUCGCAAACGUCUUGACAUCACGUCAUACCGAUAGUCGUGUGCAAAUAUUCGUGACGGUGAAGUACGCUCAUAACAAGGACGAGGAGUCAGUGUUGACCAAGUUCACACACCACAUCAUCAGCACCAACGAGAUAAAGCUGAAGUUCAAAGAGGCCUCUUGCGCUUCUGGCCAUGGGAGGUGGAGCGAGGGCAUGAUCAAUCCACUGAUCGAGCUCAGUUGA